GUUCCCUUCUUCACGCCUCAUCUUGAAAGUCCUCUUUCGUUCUCUUUCCCUCCAUUCUUUGGAACACCGAUUAUUUGAACCCAAAUCUACGGUUCUCCUUCUCCUCCACCAUACGGAUUGCAAUUAUCAAUCGACCAUCUCGAUUUCUAAUCCCUGAAUCUCGAAAAGCCCUAGAUUGCAGCCCUCGCAUGGCUGCGAUCGCGGGAUGUUUGUUCCAUCAAAGCCCCAGGUUCUUUCUCGACGAUAGGACCGCUUCCAUCGUCCUGUCGACGUCGUCGGCCCCGUCGAAAUUCCAUGGCGUGUACUUGAUCUCGAGGGGCUGCGCUUUCCGAGCUCGGUUCCCCUGCCGAAGCUCUAUCGUAGCGAGAUUCGGCGGGUAUCGGCCUCCUAGAGAGUCAAGAAGAUUCAGAGACGAUGAUGAUGAGUUUGAUUCGGCCACGGAUUUGUCUACUAUCAGGUCCUCAUCUGUAAGAUUGAUUGAUGCACAACAAAAUAUGGUGGGAGUUGUAUCCAAAAGUGAAGCUAUUCAAAUGGCAGAAGAUGCUGAACUUGACCUGGUGAUACUAUCUCCAGAUGCAGAUCCUCCAGUCGUGAGAAUAAUGGAUUAUAAAAAAUUCAGAUAUGAACAACAGAAGAAGAAAAGAGGGCAACAGAAGAAAAGUGCUGCAAACCGGAUGAACAUGAAGGAGCUUAAAAUGGGGUACAACAUUGAUUCUCAUGAUUAUGCCGUGCGGUUAAAGGCAGCCCAGAGGUUUCUGAAGGAUGGCGACAAGGUAAAAGUAAUAGUAAACUUGAAGGGUCGGGAAAAUGAGUUCAGGAACAUUGCUAUUGAACUCAUCAAACGUUUCCAAAAUGACAUUGGUGAGCUUGCGACUGAGGAAAGCAAAAACUUCACCGAGCGGAAUAUUUAUAUUAUUCUACUUCCAAACAGAACAGUUCAGCAAAAAUCUCAGGAGCAACCAAAGAAAAAGGAGACUUCAACGGUUGAAAUUUCUGCGAGGACCUGAUCUUCCUGUCGUAGCCUGUCAUGAGCAAAUGAUGAUUCUCUCCGUAGAUCCUGUUAAUUUUGUAAUUUUGCCUCCACAAUGAAUUAUUCAAAUGACAUGGUUAGUGGCAUUAUUAUCUUUGCCCGGUCCAAUAAUAAUUCAUGUACAAAUCUGAUGGCCAAGUUAGUACUUGGAGUUGCAAUCGAUCAAAGGGAUUGGCAUAGUGUGGGCAAGCCACGAUUAUUACGCAGGCAAUUGUGGUUCGGCUUCUACGGGCAUGAACUGAAGAAGCAAAGUGUAUUUUUCAAGUAGCCGGGCGUACUCCAAAGGUUUUUCUGCUGCUUUUACAGGGAUA